AUGGAUAUCGCAUUACUCCAAUCUCUUGAUAAUCUUGGCUUUCGUGAAUGGUGUGAAUUAACUAGUAGCACUAAAAAAUGUAUUGACUUUUGUCAAAACGUCGGCUUAACUGGUUUCACUCUAAAUGGACCUUGUGCACAAGGUCAUAAUAAUUGGAAACUAGGUUUUUCUGCACGAGCAUCUGAUGAAUAUGUAUGGAGAUGCGGAAAAUGUAAAAGUACAAGAACUCUUCGACAAGGAACGUUUUUCUCUAAUUCGAAGCUUUCACUUCGUCAGGUUCUUGAUCUUACGUACUUCUGGUCGCAACAAAUCGAUUCGUAUACAUUUUUAAGGCGUCAUUUUGAUCAGCGCGACGCUGCAACACUUCUACCAAUCAUCUACGAAUAUAUUCGUCCAGGCACUACUAUCUACAGUGAUCAAUGGGCCGUCUACAACGGCAUUGCUAAUGGGCCAGGUCCUCAUCGGUACAACCAUCAAACGGUCAAUCACUCCGAAAAUUUCGUUGAUCCAACAACUUCAACGCACACUCAGAAUAUUGAGAAUUUAUGGAUGUGCAUGAAGAGAAAAAAGAAGGCCCCAAUGGGUCAACAUGUUACUCUUCUCGGAACUCAUCUGAUUGAGUUUAUGUGGCGUCAGCGUUUUGGAGAUCAUCCAUUUGAAAAUCUUGUUCGUGCUAUUCAAGAAAAAUAUGUUGUACAGUAG